CAGAUGGUUGAGUUCGUCGAAACCCAGCUGCUGGUGGACCCAUAAAAGGUUAAAUGCUAUGACGUUGAGAGUUCAUAUUCUCACAAAUCAAACUCACUAAAACCUGCAAAAAAACUAUGAACCCUAGAAUGCUCCAGAGCAAAAUUUGAGUUCUUUAUCAUCGAACCCAGUUACUAGUUUCAUUAAACCCACUGAGUUCAUCAAGCCAAUAGAUCUAACCAAAUCAAAUUAACCCUUCAAUAAACAAAUGCAAUCAAACUCUAAUCCAAUUCCAACAAAAAUGCAAUCAAAUUGUAAAUCAACUCUCAAAUUUAUCAAGAACCGAAAAUGAAAAUCAAAACAAGAAUGAAAAAACAUGUACCUAGUGUCGAAUGAAACCAGCAAACGCGACCAGCAUGGCCGGGUUGGUUGAAACCCAGCCUUGUUGGUCGCGCGAACCCAGCAGCUAGGUUUCGACGAACCCAACAAGGCUGGGUCAGUGCAACCACCAGCAUGGCUGGGUUCGCGCAACCACCACCAAGGCUGGGUUCGCGCAACCACCACCAAGGCUCGGUUCGCGCAACCACCACCAAGGCUCGGUUCGCGCAACCACCACCAAGGUUGGGUUUGCGCAACCACCACCAAGGCUCGGUUCGCGCAACCACCACCAAGGCUUGGUUCGUUGAAACCACCACCAAGGCUCGGUUCAUUGAAACCCAGCCUUGCUGGUCACACGAAACCCAGCAGCUGGGUUUCGACGAACCCAGCAAGGCUGGCUUCGGGCGACCAGCAAAGCUGGGUUCGACGGAACCCAGUAGAUCUGGGUUUCAUCGAACCCAGCUACCCAGCUCAUCAGAACCCAGCCACCCAGCUCAUCAGAACCCAGCCGAUCUGGGUAAGAAAGAAAGAAAGAGAAAGAAAGAAGGGGAAAAAGAGGGAUCUGGGUAGGGAAGAAGAAAAGAGAAAGAAAGAAGGGGAAGAAGAGGGAUUAGGAGAUGAGGGUAGCAAUGUAAUUUUAUUUUUUAAUUAAAAUAUAAAUAUUUAUUUUUGUG